AUGGUUAACAAAUGUAAGUUUGGCAGUUUUUUGGGUAAACCAUUCAUCAGAGGAUGUAGAAAGGUUUAUGGCGAAAACAUUAUAUCAUCCUGUAAUGUCAGUGGAACAUGGGAAUCAUACGAUCCAAGCAUAGAGUGGGCAUGUCGUAAUUACGAUAAUCUGUACCAUACAUUUCGAAAUGUGUUUUGCUACAUUUGUAACCCUCCUGUUUCUAUGAAUCCGGUAAUAGGACAAUGUAAUACUACUGGAGACUGGGAUACGUUCGACAAUAAACACAUUAAAGCGUGCAACGAUCUUGUCUUCAAAAAAUCAACAGCAUGUAUCAGCUCUAAAAAUUUCGAUUUACUUGUUUAUGACGGAUGUGAAAAUAUAUUACAAGGUUCCAAUCCAUUAGCACAUAAAUGUUUAUCUACAGACAUGACGAAUGAGAAUAAUUUUCUUUCCCUGCUUCCGGUAACAGACACAAUUUCUUCAGUUAACUACAGGAACAUUUAUUGUGGAUUGUGUCGAUAUUUUACAAACUAUGAUGAAUUUGAAUUUCUAGAUCUUCUCAAAGUUAAUGAACAAACAACACCUGUAGUAAAUACAAUAAUGUCUGUUUGUACUGUGUUAUCUCUCGUGGCGCUACUUUUUACCUUUAUAACAUAUUGUACGUUUCCAACAUUAAGAACAUUACCAGGUAAGAACAAUAUGAACCUUGUUUUUUCCAUGUUUUUUGCUAUCGGAUUUCUGGAAUUUGGUAUUAGGGGGACAAGCAGCAAAGUUUUGUGUCUAGCAUUAGGUGCUUCUAUUCAUUUUUUCUGGUUAUCUACUUUUGGUUGCUUAAAUGUUUGUUCAAUUCAUAUGUACCGUACUUUUCGACAGACCUUCAUGAUUAACCACUCCGACUUAAUUAGCAUAAAAUCUACACCAAAGGUCAACACCAAAGACUCUUUUAUCCAGCAUAAAAUUCAUUACACUGUUUAUGUCAAACUAUUUGUAUUGACCGGAAGUGCAUGGAUUUUGCAAAUACUGGAUUCCUUCUUUCCCGUCUCAAGUUUCUCAAUAAUAGUAUCUUUUUUGAAUUCUUUCCAAGGUCUGUACAUUUUUUUGGCAUACAAUUGUAAUAGACGUGUUUUAUAUUUAUAUCAGAACCAGUUUAAACAAAUGUUUACUAGUUGUAAAACCGGAAAAGCGAAUAAUAAAAACAUGACUGCGCUUGUAUCAUCUGUACCAGGGAAACGUUUUCCAUUCAAAGACAAGACUUCAAGUGAAUAUGAAUAUCGACAAAAGUUGCAUACAACUAAAAUAUAAUCACUGCAAGAUGUGCAGAGCAUAGUUGUUCGAGUGAAAUCAAUCUUGUACUUACAUUUCAUGAUAUAUGUAGUCAUUCGGUGUAUGUACUUAUGAAUACAAAAAUACGAUGAUGCUCAAUCUAUAUAUAAUAUGUGUUGAUAUAUACAGUUGAUGUAUACAGUUGUAAUAUGUAUUUGUAUAUGUUUUGAAACAUUCCUUAUUAUUACAUUCAUAACGUCGUUGAACAUUAUCAACUCAAAUUUUAUAAACAGAUUUCUGUUAAUAUGCUCAUUUCUUAUACUUUACUCCUACCGAAGGUGGGUGAUUCUCUCCUGGCACUCAGGCUUCCACCACCAACAAAAACUGACCGCCACGACAUAGUACUAUAGUGCCGAAAACUCCAAGGCAAAUUCAAAAAGGGGAAGUCCAUAAAACUGAAAAAAUCAAACGCUAUCAAUCAACGGAACAAGUGAAAAACAACUGCUAUAGUCCUGACUUGGUACAUGCAUUGUUAAACCCGGUUUUAUAGCUAGCUUAAACUCCCACUUGUA